GCGCGCAGUCCCGGCCCUUCGGGCAUGAGGCGGCGCGGGAGCCAGCUGCGGGGUCCCGGCUGCGAGCUGCGCGCGAGGCAUUUAAGGCAUCUGUUUGUAAGGCAAAGGUGUGCAUGAAACUAUGGAUGAUGCAAGCACUUUAAUUGAUGUUAAAGAGUACCCCGGUACCGAGGUACAGAAAAACCGAGUACUAACUCUGGAAGAAUGGCGAGAAAAGUGGGUGGACGGCAAAAUUGGAUUUCAUCAAGAACAAGGACAUCAAUUAUUAAAGAAGCAUUUGGAUACUUUCCUUAAAGGCGAGAAUGUUCUGAGAGUAUUUUUUCCUCUUUGUGGAAAAGCAGUUGAGAUGAAAUGGUUUGCGGACCGAGGACACUGUGUAGUGGGUGUGGAAAUCAGUGAACUUGGGAUUCGGGAAUUUUUUAUAGAGCAGAAUCUUUCUUACUCGGAAGAGCCCAUCAUGGAAAUUCCUGGAGCCAAAGUAUUCAAGAGUUCUUCAGGGAACAUUUCACUGUACUGUUGCAACCUUUUUGAUCUUCCCAGAGUGAACAUUGGCAAAUUCGACAGGAUCUGGGAUAGAGGAGCAUUAGUUGCUGUUAACCCAGGCGAUCGUAAAUGCUAUACAGAUAUAAUGCUGUCCCUAACGAGGAAAGGGUUUCGCUACCUCUUGGCUGUUCUUUCUUAUGAUCCCACUAAACAUCCAGGCCCACCGUUUUAUGUUCCAGAUGCUGAAAUUAAAAACUUGUUUGGUUCAACAUGCAACAUUCAUUGCCUUGAGAAGGUUGAUGUUUUUGAAGAACGACAUAAAAGUUGGGGAAUUGACUACAUUGUUGAGAAGUUGUAUCUACUUACGGAAAAGUAAAUGAGACCAGUAAAAACAAGUAAUAUCAACAUGUUUUUGGGCAAUUGAUAGUUAUGCUAAGGCACAAAAAUAUACUGGAUGGCUCUUGAGAAAAAGUUGUUCACAAAUCACAUAACAGAGCUUUGCUCAGAAAUAUGUAUAACUUUAUAGAAAAAAGUCAUAUAAAUAAGCUGGUAAAGUAGCUAUACAGGAGAGUGUGAUGAGAUGGUGAAAGAAUAUACCUGUUUUGCUUAGAAAUUACAAGAAUUUUUUACAAUCGGCAUGUCUUAUAUAAUUUUAAAAAUUAAAAGUUUUAAAGGGGUACCUGCUGCUCAGUCAGUGGAGCACACACGACUCUUGAUCUUGGGGUUGUAAAUUUGAGCCCCACGUUGGGCGUGGAGAUUACUUAAAAAUAAAAUCUUUAAAAAAAUAAAUUAAUUAAAAUUAAAAAACAAUUCUAUAAACGUAAAAUUAAAAAUAACAAGUAAUUUUUAAAUAAAAUAAAUGCAAUGCAUGUUAGCUUAAAUAGAAUAAGGAUAUAUAGAUUAUUUUAGAGCAAUUGAAUUGUUUCCAGAGUUUUCUAAAAAUUGACCCUCUUUAUGAAAAUUUAGAACCAUUGAGGCCAUGUAACACUUUAAUAGGGUUCAAGGUAAAAAAUAGUGGCCCAAGAAAUUAUAUGAAAUGUAGCUUUACUGGAAGCCCUCAUAUUAUCCUCAAUCCUAGCAGCCCUUUUCACAUUUUUUUCUCCUUCUACAAUUUUAUAUAUAUAACAGAAUCAAGAAGCAUAGUUUAUGGGGCGCCUGGGUGGCUGUCGGUUGAAUGUCCGACUUGGCUCAGGUCGUGAUCUCAUAGUCUGUGGGUUCGAGCCCUGCGUCAGGCUCUGUGCUGACAGCUAGGAGCCUGGAGCCUCCUUCAGAUUCUGUGUCUCGCUCUCUCUCUGCCCCUCCCCAACUCGUGCUCCCUCUCUCUGUCAAAAAUAAAUAAACAUUAAAAAAAAAUUAAGCAUAUUUUGGGGCGUCUGGGUGGCUCAGUCGGUUAAGCGUCCGACUUUGGCUCAGGUCAUGAUCUCGCGGUCCGUGAGUUUGAGCCCCGUGUCGGGCUCUGUGCUGACCGCUCAGAGCCUGGAGCCUGUUUCAGAUUCUGUGUCUCCCUCUCUCUGACCCUCCCCCGUUCAUGCUCUGUCUCUGUCUCAAAAAUAAAUAAACGUUAAAAAAAAAACUUUUUUAAUAAAAAAAAAAUUAAGCAUAUUUUAAAAUUUAUUAAAUAAGCCAACUUACAUGGAAAAGAACAUUUUUCUCAAACUGUGAAAAUAAAGUUAAGAAGAUUUUUCUCCGA